UUGUUCUCCUUUACCUCCAGCCACUCUGCCAGCCUCCUCGUUGCUUAGACCUAGCUUUGUUGUCGUCUCUCCAAAAACCGGCAUCACUUCCGGCGAAGUGCUUCGCCGUGGAUUAUGGGAACCCUCGGAAGGGCGAUCUACACCGUCGGAUUCUGGAUUCGGGAGACCGGGCAGGCCAUCGAUCGGCUCGGAUGCCGCCUUCAGGGCAACUACAACUUCCAAGAGCAACUGUCAAGGCAUCGGACGCUUAUGAACAUAUUUGACAAAGCACCAAGUGUUCACAAAGAUGCAUUCGUGGCUCCAAGUGCAUCUGUUAUUGGAGAUAUUGAAGUGGGAGAAGGAUCAUCCAUCUGGUAUGGAUGUGUUCUGCGAGGUGAUGUUAACAGCAUCAGGAUUGGAUCUGGAACUAACAUUCAGGAUAACUCUCUCGUUCAUGUGGCAAAAUCUAAUAUAAGUGGGAAAGUCUUGCCAACUAUUAUUGGAGAUAAUGUUACUGUAGGGCAUAGUGCUGUGUUACAUGGAUGUACUGUUGAAGAUGAGGCUUUUGUUGGUAUGGGGGCAACCCUGCUUGAUGGCGUGGUUCUAGAAAAGAAUGGAAUGGUUGCCGCAGGAGCUCUAGUGAGGCAAAACACAAAAAUUCCUUCCGGGGAGGUAUGGGCUGGUAACCCAGCCAAGUUCCUUAGGAAGCUAACAGAAGAAGAAAUAGCCUUUAUUUCCCAAUCAGCACUGAACUACAAAAACUUAGCUAAAGUGCAUGCUACUGAGAAUGCCAAACCAUUCGACGAGAUAGAGUUCGAAAAGCUCAUGCGCAAAAAGUUUUCCCGAGGCGACGAGGAGUACGACUCAAUGCUCGGAGUCGUCCGCGAAGUUCCCCCCGAGCUCAUUCUCCCCGACAACGUCUUACCCGACAAAUCUCGCAAGUCUUUUCAUUGAGCUCCAACGUGGUAUAUCCGUCUUAUAGGCUUCAUUUGGAACAGCUUUUUUUAUUGCUUCUUAAAGCAGCUUUCUCGUACAAAGAUUUUAAUUUUUGUACCAAAAAAUUGUUUUAAGAAGCAGAAAGAAAGUCGUCUCAAACGAAGCUAUAGCCACCACCACAACUGAUUUAUGUGGAAUGUUGUUUGAGGAUAGUAAUGUGUUAGUGAGGCUGGCCAUUAUGUUCUUUUUUAGCCUCCCAAUAAUUUAUGGGUCGAGGUUUAUUGUAGGAUCGACCGUCUAUAUUUGGACUGCAGAUUUUGCUAUUUCAAUCAAUGUUUCAAUGGAGCCAGAUUAUAUUAUUGCGUAGUUUGCUUU